AUGGGGCCGGUUCUUUGGCGGGGAGAUGCGGAGAAGCUGCGACUUGGUCGUUUCCGGAUAGAGGGGGCCUUUACCCUUGCUAGGCCUAGGCUGGGUUGGGACAUUGUGGUGGGAGUGCUCCGGCUGGUUUGGCUGUGUACGCUCAGGUUCCUGGGUAGGGCUGCGUUGGGAGCCUUGGGUCUGAUUCAUCUCCCAGUUACGCUUCAGUGUGCGGUAGUCAUGCUCGAGCUCGACGUUCUUAGCAUGAAGAUGGUCAUAUUUCUCAGACAUCCUGGUGACACUGGCGCGGAGGCUCUCCAGUUCUGCCUGGAGAUUGGCAUCUGCUGA